UCUGUUUUUAUUAUGGCUACUAGGUGACUCGGGGUGGUUGUUACACACUGUGUAUGCUUGACGAAGCCUUGCUUUUGUGAAUCUGCGUUCGUUACCGAAGUGGAUUCCAUUUUCGUCGUAUCCCAGGUCUCUCCGCCUCCCUCACUGUGUCUCAUUCUCUCUCUCUCAGCACUUCACCAAUCUUUCUCUCUCUCUUUUUUGCACUGUGCUUGUAUUAGCUCCGAUGUGCAGAGGGUGCAGCGAGUGGUAUCGGCCCGUUAUCUGCUGGGGAGAUUCAUCAAACUGUGCGGAAAGUUCGCCAGCCUCAGACUGACCCAAUAUCUACGGCCCAAAGGGAAGGGGAAUGGCUGCGCCGCACCAGGACGUCAAGGAAUGAAGUGGAACUUUUCUGGUGGUCCUUGUGUUUCGCCAUUGGGACCGUUGACUGCCGUGGCUCUUUGUCGAUUCAAGACGAAUCAUCUACCUUGAUCCUGCAUGAACGAGGGUGAAGAGGGGGUAGGAGUCUGUGGACCCCUCUAUCAGGACAAGCGCGUAUUUCCCAAACAGUUUAGAGUAUUCAUGAGGUUACGCAAAUGUGGAGGCAGCGAAAUUACCGUAAUCAAUUGAAGCGGCGAGCAUGCGUCCGUCCACAGCUCUGAUUACCCGGAGAUCAGCCUGAUGUAAAUGUUACAAGGAGAGGAGUUGUUAAAUUGCUGUUGAAUUUGGGUGAGAAGUCUAUGAUCAUUGGACAAGUGAGUCUGCACAGAGAUAAUAGGGCAGAUCAGUGGACCGGGCAAGUGCGGACGGCACAUUAGCUAUCUGACUUUGACUCAAAGCUGCUGUUUUACAGAAAGACUAAACCUGAAUUACUCAGAAUAAGCAGUGUGCCAUACACUAUUACAUAAAGCUAUCUUCACUCAUUUUUGCCUGACGAGGAUAAAAAGAGGAGAAAUCUUGGGAGAGGAUAAGAUACUAUGGAAGUUCGCUACAGUCAAGAAUCGGAGUCCGGAAUGCUGCUGAAGAAUGGACUAAAAGAGGGGAAAGAGGGAAAAGAUUCCCAGGGGAACAUUUCCAAAACGUUCCUGAAAGACCAGCAGGAGUCCUUCUCCCCAUCCGGACAGGUGGAAAACUGCGAAAAGAGCCGAACAAGCUCGGGGGAUCCUGAUUACUGUCGGAGGAUUUUAGUUCGAGAUGCCAAAGGUUCGAUUCGAGAAAUUAUUCUGCCGAAGGGUUUGGAUCUUGAUCGCCCAAAACGCACUAGAACCUCUUUCACAGCAGAGCAGCUAUACAGACUGGAGAUGGAGUUUCAACGGUGCCAGUAUGUUGUGGGACGAGAAAGAACUGAACUAGCCCGACAGCUUAACCUGUCUGAAACUCAGGUGAAAGUGUGGUUCCAGAAUCGCCGUACCAAACAGAAAAAGGAUCAGGGUAAAGACUCAGAGCUGCGCUCCGUGGUUUCCGAGACAGCCGCCACCUGCAGUGUCCUGCGUCUCCUGGAGCAGGGCCGGCUCCUCACACCCCCAGGCCUGCCAGGGUUGCUGCCCCACUGCGGGAGCUCCUCGCUGGGCUCUGCACUGCGCGGGCCAUCCUUGGGCAUCACCGCUAAUGGAGGUUCCUCCAGCAGCAGUAGCAGCAGCGCGGCCAGCUCAGGCACAGCCGGCGGGAGCCCCCCGCUGCCAACCGUGACCAGCUCAGGGACAGUCUCGGGGCUGCAGGGAUCUCCGUCUGCCCAUGGGCUGUUCAGCUUUCCAAUGCCCUCUCUGUUGGGGUCGGUCGCGUCGCGCAUCUCCUCCACCCCACUGGGCAUGGCCGGGUCCCUCGCUGGGAACUUGCAGGAACUUUCUGCACGUUAUCUGAGCUCCUCCGCUUUUGAACCUUACUCGCGGACCAAUGGCAAAGAAGUGCUGGACAAGAAAGUUUUGGAAUGAUCACCGUAGGCUCUCUCUUUGUUCUUUUCUGGUUGUUUUAACGUUUGUUUAAGCUCUAAGUAUCUCUUCUUUUUUAAUCUCUAUUUUUCUCGCUUUCAUGUUGCUAUUAACUUGAGUUUUUCAUGUCGUCCUGCACACUUGAUGCCUCUCACAACUGUACAGACGUGGACUCAUUCUUGUACUGUACUUUUCAAACACAAGGAGUUUUUUGCACUAAAUCACCCCGUUGUGAAUUUUGACACAAACAUGAGCUUGAGGAAGGAAUGUAGCAGGAGAUUAUGGCGGGGAAGAGAAUUGAAAAUGUUUGCUGUGGCAAUAUUUUCGGGGCACUUUUUCCCCGUAAACCUUCUUUGGAGCUGGACAGUUAAAUUCAGAUUAUACAGUGAUCUGAAAAAGCUGCUGGGUAAAUGAUGCUACAGAACCCCUGAUAAAAACUGAACAUAACUUGUCAUCAUAACACAACAUCAUCUUUCACUAUUUCAUUUUGAAGUUGGAGAGUAACCUAAAUAAGUGAUUUUAACAAAAUGGCAUUUGCAGAGUCUCAAAUACGUAAAAAUACAUUAUAUUUCAAAAGGUUGGCAUACAACAGUCAUAUUGUGACAAACCGGUUCAGUAAAAAAUCAUGAAUUUACCAUAUGAAGCUAUAAAAUCAAAUGUCUAUACCAUUUUGUAUUCGUUUGGUUAAAUAUGUUCUGACUUAAUCAAAGGAUAACACUGUCAAACCGUUAUAUAGUCCAAUAGUCCUGUGUUCAUUGUUCUCUAAAUGGUUUAUGUGAGGGUUCCCAAAAUGAGUUUUUGAAGGCAGUCUCUGUGAGUUUGUAUGUCUUAAAUAUGCAGUUUUUCUCCUCUGUGUGUGUGCUGGUACUGAAGUUGUAGUCCUGGUUUCUAUGUUUACGUCCGUGUUUAAGCAAAAAAGAACCUUUUAAGAAAACUCUGGGGCUCAAAUGUGGACGUCAUUGUCUGUGAUUAAGCUCUGAAGCAUCAAUUAGACCCUCGGAUUAUUGGACGAGAUGUUUUGCCAAGAGCAGCACCCCUAACCGACGUGAAAGUUUUCCAGAUGAAUCUGAUGCCCUUUCUGUUAUCACAGCGAAGAUGAGACUGUCUCAGAAAGAGCAGGGUACAAUUAUUGUAGUAUAAACUGAAGAUUGAAAAUUGUUAUUUUAUUGUAAAUUAUUCACGUCUGUAAUAAAUAGAUCAUUAGUAUAUCUGCAAAUAAUGAAAGAAUGAAUGUAUAGGGGGGCGGGGUUUCUGGUUGGUGAACCAAUCAAAGCUCUGGUGUUGUUGUUAAAUAUCUUCAAGUUUGUGAACCGUGGUAUGAGUGUGGAUAUAUAUUAUAUAUAACUAAA